CUGCAAUGAAUUUUAUGCUCAGACCCAAGGUAACACAGAACGAGGUUGUUGGGCUGUUGUAGAUCACCACGUUAUCACCACGUUGUGGUUCACAAAGGCUUCCGCUACCGCCUGCUGACACUUGAUCAUACGGAACGGCUGGCGCCUCUGCCGGGGCUUCACACAUCCAUCGAGAAUCCUGCAUGUUCUGGGCGCAAUAAGCAUACCGCGGUGCUCCGUUGACUUUACAUACACAUCCUCGCACUACCACUCAACUCUGGUCUGGUCCCUCGACCCACAGGCUGCAGGCUCAGUCUCCGCCAGUCUUGGUUGAUUCGAACUGGCGUUAUUUCUCUGAGAGAGUGGGGGAGAGAGAGAGCGUGUGCGUGUGCGUGUAUGUGUGUGUGAGAGAGACAGGGAGAGAGACCGACAGCGACAGAAAAGGGAGAGGUACGACAUCGACAAUGGACGGCCAAUACCCACACCAUCUCAGCUACUAUGCCCACGGCUAUGCUUCCCAUAUGCCAACAGAAAGUUACGAACAAGCGCCAAGACUACAUAAUAUUCAGACCAUGUCCAUGGAGAGUAUGGGCUCAUAUUCGGAUUUCGACACUUCCAAUGGAGCGGUGCCUCCUACACAGGGAACACAACGAUCACGACGGCGGCAACCUCCUGGAGCCGAACACGUGAAGCAUCGACGGACAAGGAGCGGUUGCUACACUUGUCGACAACGGAGAGUGAAGUGCGAUGAAGGUCAUCCUACCUGUGAAAGGUGCCGUAAAGGCAAACGAGACUGUACCUACCCAGGCGAUGCGGCCCCGAGCACAGCGAAGAGCAAGAGCAGCAGGCGCAAGGGAUCUUCGCCUACAGGCUCGAGUCCGUCUGGUAGUGACCUGGAAACUGACGAGCACGACGGACUAUCGGUCCUCCCUGGUGUGAACGAGGAAGGGUGGGACGACGAUGGUCCCAUGUCAGCUGGGACUGAGCAGAAGCUAACGACGGAAGACUUCGACGGACGAGUGCCCCAGAGUACCUCCCCUUCCACGGGAUCGAGCAUGCGACAUAAACGCCCGCAGCCAGUGCGAACCAGGUCACAGCAGUCCGUCUUGUCUAGUAUCGCUCAAAACCCGCGUUGGAAGACGCUGCCCAAAGACGUGAGGUAUUACCUCACAUUCCACCAGCAGCACAUGUCGCACCACCACUAUGCCUUCAAGUACGACGGCGGUGACUUUCUGAAGACUACUUAUCUCGAAAUCGCCAUGAAUGACGGGAGCGCAGCUCUUCUCUACGCCAUCGUAGCGUUUGCGGCCUAUCACCACGCUGUAGCACGCGGCAGUAGUGACAUAUCUGGAUUUCUGUCCUAUUACAACAAGUCUAUUGCGUUUCUGCAGCAGUCUUUGAAAAAGCAACUACACAGUGUCGCAACUCUUCUCACGAUCCUGCAGCUCGCUACGAUAGAGGAGUUCCUAGGCGACUGGAUCAAUCUACUCGGUCACCAACGAGCAGCGUACCAGAUCUUAACGGAUCUCUUCACACCUCAAACUAUCCUGCAGGACGAGACACGACGUAAGAUCAUCACCUGGUACAUACGCUUUGACCUCUUCGCCGGCAUCAUGUCAGGCGAUAAGACGACACUUGGCCGCGAAUGGUUUGCAGCUUCUGCUGCAUUCUACAAACGGCAGACGCAAGAUAAGCCGAAGAAUCUGGGCGCUCGAUUCGAAUCCUACUUUGCGACGUCGCGACUCCUCGCAACAGACGUGACGGUCCUCUUCGCUGGAAAGGCGCAGGGUACGAUUAGUGAUGAAGCCUUCGCGGCAGGAGUGGAGACAUUGUCAAAAGAGUUUGCUGAAUUUGGCCAUACCAUCGGGAAUGCCUUCACGAGCCCAGAGUGCUUCGUCACGUCGUUCCCAGAUGCGCUGCCUCCAGGCGAGCAAGAUCUCUUUGGCUUCACGGAUCAGGAAUUUCUCUACGCGGGAGAGUAUGCGACCAUGAACUUCGUUCUCUUGGACCACUGGGCUAUGGAUCUGAUGUUCAAGUUUCAGCUGGGCAUGGCGUUGGGACAAGCCCCUUCUCCCGAACUCACGCAAAUUGCGAUGAAGAAGUGUAAGAUGUUUGAUGCCAUCCAGCACAGUGGGCAAGGUGGACCGACGGCUAUCUUGGGGUGUCAAGCCAGUUUAGGUAUCAUGAGUUUGUUCCUGCCACGAGAAGAACAGUAUACGAGGUGGAGUCAGAGGAAAUUUGCCCGUAUUGAGCAGCUGGGUUACAUCUACCCGGAGAACUUGCGCAAGCGGAUGAGCGAGACGUGGUCCGAGGACGUGACCCGCUGGUGGCUACCCAACGACGCAGGGUAUCCCACGACCAUCCGCAUCGUUCGCGAGUUUGUAGAGUACCGCGCAACGAGGCCGACAGACGCUGCUGCUGCAGGAAUCAGCAAUAUGAGCGGAAUCUUUCGGACGAUGAACCUCGACGAACAUGGAUUUUCGGAUGACGCGAAAAGCGUCGGUUCAGAGUCUGUGGGAAGCGCCGUCAGCCCUCAAGUCCAAGAGACCAGUCCCAGCCAGACGUAAAAGGUACAAGAGGAGGACAUGAGAAAAAGGAUAUAAUAAUCGCUUGUACCUAAUGCAAGUAAGCUUUGAGCGAGCCGAGUAUGGCUCCCGUCUCGGAGCACGAGAGUUGACGAUGCCGCGGCCGGGACCACAUGGGAUGGAGGAGUAGAAGCGACGUCUUAUAUGCUUAAGUGCCUCACGCGAAAAGGCAGGUUAGCAGUCCCGAACAUCAGCGGAGUGUUGCAUCCGCUUCCGCGUCAUCGAAAAGACGCUGGACAAAGGAGAAAGUAAACUAGAGAAAAGUCU